AGGCACAUCCAGUUGAACAGCCCCUCUUUCUACUUUCUUCCGUCUUCUCCAGAAGAUGUCAUGAAGUGGCUCAUGGCUGCAUCACCCAUUAACACACAAAGGUCCAGGAAAGGACCCCUCCUUUCUCCAGAACACAGUUUUCAAAGCAAAAGGGGAACCAACAUGUUGACACAACACACCCAAUGCACAAGACAACGACUAAGCUCAAGGAAAGCAAAUUAAGUCGAAGGCAGGCAGGGAGCGCAGCGCAGUGCAACUAGCAGCGUCUCAAGCCAAACGCACCUGGGAAUCACAGAACAGCCCUCUAAGGAUGCCUGGAAUGGGGUCGGCACCUCACAAAGUGGCCACAAACACGACUGCAUGAGUAGCACACGAUGGCAUCACUGAGGAGACCACAUCACUCCUGCAAAGCUUUGGACAAGCCUACCAACACCUGCCAUGAGAUGCGCCUUCCUCAACACUCCAGUCACACCCAAAGAUGCCGACAGGGUCAAAGGAUCAAAUCCACAACACAAGGAAAUGAAAAGGAAGUGUUGUGGGAAGACAAUGACACCCCACCUCAUGACUUCUCUGGGUUGGGCAUGCAACAGCAGCAUUCUGCACAGUGCUGCCAUGCGCAGAGGCUCUCUCCAAGCCCUCAGGCACUCACACAGCAGCAUAAAAGCCAGCCCUGUGCCUUGCUCCCUCACACCACUCUCCUGUCGUCUUCUGCUCUGUGCUCUUCCAGGUGAGCUGCACCCCCCGCUGCCCUCCUUUGGCCACCCCACCUGGCUUUGCUCGCCCUUCCCCUCUGACCACAAAGUCUGCAGCCUUUCCACCUCUUCUGUCAUGCUCCCCACAACACCAAACCAUACCUCCCUGCCGCUUGGGAACGGAACAGCAUUGCUUCCCAUACCAUCAACUCCCUCCACUCACCCAACACCCUUUCUUUCAGGUACCCUCCACCCCACAGCCAUGUCCUGCUACGACCUCUGCCGCCCCUGCAGUGGGGGACCCACCCCGCUGGCUAACAGCUGCAACGAGCCCUGUGUCAGGCAGUGCCAGGACUCCCAAGUCGUCAUCCAGCCCUCCACCGUGGUGGUCACCCUGCCGGGACCCAUCCUCAGCUCCUUCCCCCAGAACACCGCCGUCGGAUCCUCCUCAUCAGCUGCCGUGGGCAGCGCCCUCAACGCCCAGGGAGUGGCCAUCUCCUCCGGCGGCUUCGGCUUCGGAGGCCUGGGCUGCUUCAACGGCGGCAGAGCCCGCUACCCCUGCUAAGGGCCGGCGCCCACACCCUCACACCAAACACCUGCACCCUGCAAGGCGCCUCACGCACUCAGGAGGCACCUCUGUGCCACCCAUGGCCCAAGGGCUCACCAGCCAUGACUCCUCUUUUCAUGGAAUGAAACAGAGAAGGAUGGAACAACUUCAGACCAUGCUGCCUGGGAACAUGUGUGCAGUAACUUUCUUCUGCCUUUGCACUUCAAAUUGUGCUCUUUCCACUUGGCGAUCACCAAGUGGAUCCUUCCUUUUCAUGUGUUUCUCUCAAUAAAGAACUCAUGCAUGUCAUCUUCAGAUUUCUCCUCUCCAUUCCUUUGAUUAAUGCUCUUUCCACUUCAACCAAUACAAAGACAUGGCUCUAGAAAGGAACGUGUUGGGUCCAAAUGGGCCCCACGACCUCCUCUCGGUGCCAUGUCUCUUACAAGAGCAUCGCUGGCUUGCAGAUGGCAUUCUUCUCAUCACAUAUUAUCUACACUUGUACAAACAAAGUCAGAUAGUACCACUGCACUGCCCAAGCCCACUCAGGAAUAGCAGGCUGUCCACAGUCAGGUCCAGUCUCAUCACCCAGGCUUUUUAUGAAGAUACUCAACAGCACUGGCCUCACUCCCCAGGCUUGGACGAAACUACUACGAACUCACCACAUCAGGACUCUGUGUCACUCACCUCAGACCACCAGACCCCUGCCUUCAGCCACUUUAUAGACCACCUCAGCAUCCGUUAACCUGUAAAGAUCACUGAGAGUUUGCCUAUGAGCACACCCUGGGAGGAAACAUCAAGGCCUUUUGUAAAGGCAAACUCACUGCACCCUCUUAUGCGCAAAGCUGGUCACUUCAGUGUAGAAAAACACAGGUAGUUUGCCCUUUCGUGCUUUCUAUUCCCACCACUUCUUAGCCAGUCUCAGUCAAUCCCGUGACAGUUAUCCACAUUGAGCACUCCCCAUCAUGUUCUUCUUCCUCUUGCAUCUGCAAAAACACAUUCCCGGAUUUGCUCUUCACUUGCCCAGCAGCACAGGUCACUUAAACAAAUAUCUCCUUUGCCACUCUUCCUUCUUCCAUCUCCUUCAAGACAGCAGGGCUACGAGCUCUGUCCCGCACAUCAGAAGCCCCUCCCAGGCACUGUGACCUUUCUAAAACAAAUGAUGUCACCCUUGCAAGGACAUCUCAUGGCUCCCUCAUCGUUCAUGCAUAGAACCAGGCCCAUCUCACAGCCUUUGGGCACGUCCACCCUACUUCUCUUCAUCUCCUUUGGCAACAAGCACUGUUCACCUCAGCAGCAAGACACAAAGCACUCACCUCAGCUGAAUGGCGGCAUGAGAUAUGGUUUAGUGGCUCGUGGUAGCAAUGGUGGUGGGAGGACAGUUGGACUAGAUGAUCUUGUAGGUCCUUUCCAACCCUUGGAUUCUAUGCUUCUACGAUUCUACAUCCUGCAUCCUUCAGCCAUGUCCUUGACCACGUGGCCUGGAGCAGCUCAUGGCUGCAUCCCCAUGUAGCAUGGAUGCUUCCAGUUUCCCUAUGGAAUCUUCAAAUCCUCAUGGAAACCAUCAAAGGCCAUGCCUUUGAGAAACUCAAUUUUCAUUGAGGUCAACUGACAUUCAACUCAACAAUGAUCUCAUAGCGUCUGCUUCAGCCUUCCACUCCAACAUCCUCCCGUUCUGCUCAGGGUUUGCUACCUCUCAACGAGGCCUGAGAGGACUGUGUCCUGCCCUCACAAACAGCCCUCCUCUGCCUAAAUAAGCUACAAUCCCCACACAGAGCCCUAAGCUGAAACUAGAGCACAGAACACCCAGGAAAACAGUUCGCAAAUAAAACCUUGAUAGCAAAAAGGGAACCAAUCAGCUGUCAAGGCAGCACACCCAAUGGGAAAGAGAAGGGCAAAGCACAUGGAAAGGGAAAUGGGAUGAAAGCAAGCAGGGAGCAAAAGCAACACAAGUAAUAGGGUCUCAUGCCAGACACGCUUGGGAAGCCCACAGCAGACUGACAAGAUGCUGUGAAAUGGGAUCCUCACCACUCAGUGCAGACACAAACCACCCAACAUCAAUGCUACCCAGUGACCGCACUCCUGAGACAACAACUCUCCCAUGCCUUAGAUGCAUCUUCCAACCACCAUCAUGAGACACACCUUCCAUAUAAAUCCCACAAAAUACUCAUUUUCCCUUAAAAAUUGCCGACAAGGUCAAAGGAUCAAAUCCACAACACAAGGAAAUGAAAAGGGAGAGCUGUGGGAAGACAAUGACACACCCCCACCUCAUGACUGGCAUGGUUCUGGAACGCAAGAGCUGCUCACUGCAUACAAUGCUGCCAUGCGCAGAGGCUCUCUCCAAGCCCUCAGGCACUCACACAGCAGCAUAAAAGCCGGCCCUGUGCCUCGCUCCCUCACACCACUCUCCUGCUGCCUUCUGCUCUGUGCUCUUCCAGGUGAGCCUGCAGCCCCCACUGACCUCCUUUGGCCACCCCACCUGACCAAAUUCUCCAUACUGCCCCUGCUCAAACCUCCGCAGCCCUUCUACCUCCUCUCUGUCAUGCUC